AUGGAAGAUGUGACCGAGGAGGAGAAAUCUCGGCGACAGUCCUGGUCUCAGGCAACCCCUGAUGAUGAUUGUGAGGAAAUCUCCGUUCUACGCGACCGGGAUGCCGACAAGACCUUACCUUUUGAUGCCGACGAUUCUCCGUUCCCUGAGGUACGGGCUGUCAUUCAGCCUGUCGAUGACCUAUCCCUUCCCGUGAAUACGAUUCGAAUGUGGACGAUCGGUCUGAUAUUUACUAUUGUGGGAAGCGGAUUGAAUCAGUUUUUCAGUCUACGACAACCGAGCGUUACUAUCAGUGCAUUGGUGGCUCAACUAUUGGCCUUUCCGGUAGGAUGUGCCUGGGCGAGAUGGGUGCCAAUUGGUGUGCUGAAUCCCGACCGACACUUCAAUAUCAAGGAGCAUGGACUGAUCACCAUUAUGGCUAAUGUCUCCAUUGGUUCCGCUGCUGCCACGCAAAUUAUCGAAGCGGUAGUCAAAUUCUAUGAUAUGCCUUCGCACGGAGGACUCGAAGUACUCUUGUGCAUAACUACACAACUUUUCGGAUUCGGUCUCGCUGGGAUGACAGUUCGUUGGCUCGUCACGCCCGCGUCAAUGAUAUGGCCGCAGGUACUGUCAAAUGCGGCGCUGUUGACAACUCUUCAUUCGCGAGAGAAUAUGAUGGCAGACGGUUGGAAAAUCAGCCGACUGAAAUUUUUCCUCAUUAUAUUCCUAGCGGGCGCUACCUGGUAUUUUGCGCCGGGGUAUCUCUUCACUGGCCUCAGUACUUUCAGUUUCAUUUGCUGGAUCGUGCCGUCAAAUGUCGUGGUGAAUCAGCUAUUCGGCCAGGUGACAGGUCUGGGAAUGUCAGUCUUGACUUUCGACUGGGCACAAGUGGUAUAUGCUAAUCAGAGCCCUCUGUUGGUGCCGUUUUGGGCUGGACUCAAUGUGAUGGGAUCAUUUGCUCUCUUCUUCUGGUUGAUUUGCCCUAUUCUCUACUAUACUAAUACCUGGUAUUCAUCAUAUUUGCCUCUUCUCAAUUCCAACACAUUCGACAAUACAGGUCAAGAAUACGAUACAUCGCGCAUUAUGAAUGAAAAUGGAUCAGUCGAUCCAGAUGCAUACCGGAACUACUCGCCGAUGUUCCUUCCAGCUGGAUAUGCGGUCACUUUCGGCGUCGCGUUCGCCAAUCUCACUGGUAUCCUCUUCCACAUUGGUCUAUAUCACGGAAAGGACAUGUGGGAACAAUGGAAGGGAACAAGCAAGUCUGAUGUUCACGCCCGAAUGAUGUCCAUGUACCCGCAAGUUCCUUCGUGGUGGUUUUUGGUAGUCACCAUUCUGAUGUUCGUCUUGAGUAUUGUGACGAAUGAAGUUUGGCAUACUGAUUUACCAGCGUGGGCUGUGUUGAUCGCUUUUCUACUACCGAUGGUCUAUUUUAUCCCUGUGGGUAUAAUUAAGGGAUCGACCAAUAUUUCAAGCAAUCAGUUGAAUUUGAUCACAGAAUUUAUUGGUGGCUAUGCAUUUCUUGGUCGGCCAAUGGCGAACAUGGUGUUCAAAUUUUAUGGAUAUGUUGCAAUUCAACAGGGACUAGAGUUCGUUGCCGAUAUGAAACUGGCCCACUACCUCCAUAUUGCACCUAGGUUGUUGUUUGUGGCACAGGGGUUAGCUACCUUAGUUGGAGCUAUUGUACAGUGCGGCGUGACAGUCUUCAUGAUUACUCGCAUUGAUGGAGUUUGCACAUCUGAUGCGGAGGGGAAUUUCAGCUGUCCCCAUGGCCGAGUAACCUACUCGUCAUCUCUUAUAUGGGGUCAAACCUAUAGCAAUCUACUUUGGUUCUUCCUCGUUGGACCGGUCGUCGUAAUCACCACUUACCUCAUCGGUCGCCGAUGGAAAGCUGUGAACUAUCUAUCUUGGCCGGUCGCCUUUGGUGCGAUGAGUCAGGUACCCCCUGCUACAGGUGUCAGCUUUUCAUCCUGGUGGGUGAUUAAUGCUAUUUUCAAUGGUUUCGUACGCCGCCACAAACCCGCUUGGUGGUCCAAGUACAGUGUGUUACCCCUUCUCCUACCGUAUCCUUGUUUCGCUACUGACGUCUACACCUCAGACUAUAUCUUGUCCGCUGCACUGGAUUGCGGCGUGGCCGUUUCUACUGUCAUCAUAUUUUUCUGCAUUACCCUGCCGGUUGGUUCUUUGAGCUGGUGGGGAAAUACUGUAUUUAGUAAUACUGCUGAUGGCCUAGGCACACCUUAUAAAGGCCUUCCGGCUAGAGGCUAUUUUGGACCUGAAAGAGGGACUUGGAGUUGA